ACAUGGGGAUGUAGCUGAAGUUGUGGAUGGAUCAUUGUUGCAUGACUAAUCGGACAUAUUUCUGUUACUAAUUACAUUGUUGCAUGACUAAUCAGACAUAUUUCUGUAACUAAUUACAUUGUUGCAAUUUCUACGCCUGGACAUUCAAUGUGGACUACUGUUGCUAUAGUCAUAAAGUGUUGGCCAUUGAUCUUUAUAUCUCUCAGUUGUCUGGCGUUCUCCACCAUGCGAACAUGUUAUUUAUUUCCUAAUCAUUUUUACCAUAUUUACACUUUUUAAAAAUUCACUUUAUCAUCUUUCUUUCUCCCUCUCUUCUUUCUCUUUUUCUCUCUUCUCUUUCACACCAUUCAUUCAUGUGUGCCGCUGGUCGUCCACUUUACGGUAUACGGAUAUAUACAAACGCGACAUGAAGCUCUUCAAAAUCGACACUAACAGCUGGGGAAAAGUGGCACAUGGAGAGUGAGCAUAAAGGAAGGGUCUCCGAUUGCAGAUGCCAUACACAAAAGUAGUAGAAAGAAGGGUGAAAAUGCAAUGGCGCCUGGCGAUUACAGAUGCCCAACCUGUGACCGCAGCUGUGUAUCAAGGUUUUGCCUCUUUAGUCACACAAGAAGCUGCGAAGGGAAAAGAUCAUCUCUCGAGACGUAAAAUGCCACAGAUUGUCUCUCUUUUUCAUUUUUCUUUCAAAUAUAAAUCAUUUUUUCAUUUUCUCUCCUGCUGAUCUAUUAAUGUUAACCACAGUAGAAGGAUUAUAUCAGACAGCUAUUACUAGACAAACUACUUUACGAUAGAACACAGCCUACGUCAAUGGAGGUAAUGCACGCAAACACUCUCCCCGAGACUACGUCAAUGAAGGUAUUGCAUGCAAAGUCUCUCCCCGAGACUACGUCAUGGAGGUAUUGCAUGCAAAGUCUCUCCCCGAGACUACGUCAAUGGAGGUAUUGCACGCAAAGUCUCUCCCCGAGACUACGUCAAUGGAGGUAUUGCACGCAAAGUCUCUCCCCGAGACUACGUCAAUGGAGGUAUUGCACGCAAAGACUCUCCCCGAGACUACGUCAAUGGAGGUAUUGCACGCAAAGACUCUCCCCGAGACUACGUCAAUGGAGGUAUUGCACGCAAAGACUCUCCCCGAGACUACGUCAAUGGAGGUAUUGCACGCAAAGACUCUCCCCGAGACUACGUCAAUGGAGGUAUUGCACGCAAAGACUCUCCCCGAGACUACGUCAAUGGAGGUAUUGCACGCAAAGACUCUCACCGAGACUACGUCAAUGGAGGUAUUGCACGCAAAGACUCUCACCGAGACUACGUCAAUGGAGGUAUUGCACGCAAACACUCUCCCCGAGACUACGUCAAUGGAGGUAUUGCACGCAAAGACUCUCACCGAGACUACGUCAAUGGAGGUAUUGCACGCAAAGUCUCUCCCCGAGACUACGUCAAUGGAGGUAUUGCACACAAACACUCUCCCCGAGACUACGUCAAUGGAGGUAUUGCAUGCAAAGACUCUCACCGAGACUACGUCAAUGGAGGUAUUGCAUGCAAAGACUCUCCCCGAGACUACGUCAAUGGAGGUAUUGCACGCAAAGACUCUCCCCGAGACUACGUCAAUGGAGGUAUUGCACGCAAAGACUCUCCCCGAGACUACGUCAAUGGAGGUAUUGCACGCAAAGACUCUCCCCGAGACUACGUCAAUGGAGGUAUUGCACGCAAAGACUCUCCCCGAGACUACGUCAAUGGAGGUAUUGCACGCAAAGACUCUCCCCGAGACUACGUCAAUGGAGGUAUUGCACGCAAAGACUCUCCCCGAGACUACGUCAAUGGAGGUAUUGCAUGCAAAGACUCUCCCCGAGACUACGUCAAUGGAGGUAUUGCACGCAAAGACUCUCCCCGAGACUACGUCAAUGACUACGUCAAGUGCUUGAACACAAAAACAUUGCGAAGAUCGUUGCUCCUACAUCUUCUCUGAGACACUAUCUGAUAGCCAACAACGCUGAUUUAAAAUAUUUCUGUUUCUGCACUGAUCAUAAAGACUAAAUACAAACUGCGUGGUCGAAUGGGACCUUGCAGGUCACCGAAAUAAAUCUUCACAAAAUUUUGCAUUAAAAAAAAGGAAAUCACUCUGACUCUGCCAGACUUCAAGAUUAGUUCCAGUGAGCCCAAAGGACACUGUAGGAACCACACAAUCCCCGCCCAGUAUGUGACCAUAGAGGGUUCCUAUUUGAAUUAGUAGCUAAACAAGUAAUGCCAUUUAUUUUACUGUGGUUUUGAAAUUAGCAUGUCAUACGUUUGUUUCUGAGCUACAAGUUUUGCAAUGAUUGUUAAAACAAAAUCAAACCAGUUUUAGUUCUCAUUUAAUAGAAUCCAUUGUCCAUAGUUAAGACAUCUACUCAGUUUCACCAAAUGUUUAGUCGACUCUUUGUUACAGCUCUAUCUCCCACAGCUUUACUCAUUCUACAAACUUUGUUUCAUAUCUUUGAAAAAUAAAACAAAUCCUCUAGUUGAUACAAAGCAUAUAGUCAGGUAACAUUUAUGAAAUGCCAUUAUUUUGAAAAUAUGUUAAACCUGCUUUUCGUUUCAUGUCUCACAGCCUGACUGUGAUUAUAGCAAAUCAAUGUGUCAACCAUUUGUAUGAAACCUCGAUGGAUUCUAAUCAAUUCUAUUCUUACCAUUACGUUCUCAGCUAUCAUUUCUUUGCACUACUGCAAUAUCCCAGAGAGAUUGCGUCAUAUUGAAUCAUCUCGACCUAAAAGAAUUAUUUAAAACUUCAUCCUUGAAAGAAUGUAGUCACUUUGAAUGUUGAAAACUAUUUCCUCCAAAGCAACAAACGAAUGUGUUGAUGUCCAACCUUUCAGGUGUCCAAAGACAAGAAAAAAGCAAGAAAUCUGAAAACAUUUGUUUAUCAUCUAGGUUAAAAUGACAUUAAAAUAAUUACUAGAUAGUUCCAGGGCAUUUUUUUUCCAAGAUAAGCUUCUAAAAGCCUCCCAUUUAAUAAAUUAGGUAUAAGGCAGCGACUUGAUUUUAAAAACAAAUUACCCAUAAAAAGCAGUGUUGUCCAUUCAGAAAUGGUCAGUUCAGCAACAGCACAGACAAGCCAACCUUUCGGCUUAGCAGAUGUAUGGUUCUGCUGAGGAGUUGGAGGUGACUUCACUGUUAGUCACGUUCAUAGUCUGAUAGAGAAGACGUUUAGCACUGUAUCAUAGGUUCUCCUACACUGUAGUACCUGAGUGUAUUGGAAACUAUUUCAAGAUGACGUUGUAUCAGGCUGGAUGUCACGUACCUAUACAUUCUGUACAGCAGUUUUCAGUUCUGACUGAAAUAGUUUGUUUUUUUACAAGCCUCGUGUGUGUGUGUGCGCGUGUGUGUGUUGAGUGAAAAAUUUUAUUCUUUUUGUUCCAAUACUUAAAGUAAUAAAUUACUUGGUAGAAUCAAACGUUUAUGAGUUUGUUGAAACAUCAAUGUCUGUUGUACAAGUUUGUCUGUUGUACAAGUGUGUCUGUUGUACAAGUUUGUUUGUUGUCUGUUGUACAAGUUUGUAUUUGUACACGUUUGUCUGUUGUACAAGUUUGUCUG